AGGAGAGUGAAAAGCUCUUUACAGGAGACCUUCAACAAGAAGCCAGAGCAGCUUCCCUACAGCUCUUUUGUUCCAGACAGAGAUCCCCUUGGUGCGCUGCGAGAUGGCGAGCUCUUUCACACGUUUGCUCUCUGGCCGUAACACGGCCGUGCUAUUGGCCAGCCUGGGUGCGGGAACCAUGGCAACCGGCUUCUUGUUGACUGAAAAUGGCUCCCUGGUUGCUGAGGCGAAAAAGAAGCUUUAUCCUCCCAGCUCUGACUUCCCCGACCUGAGGAAACACAACAACUGCAUGGCCACCGCUCUGACUCCAGCCAUUUAUGCCAGACUGAGGGACAACGUCACCCCCAACAACUGGACCCUGGACCAGUGCAUCCAAACUGGAGUGGACAACCCUGGCCACCCGUUCAUCAAGACGGUGGGCUGUGUGGCUGGAGAUGAGGAGAGCUAUGAGGUGUUUGCCGACCUCUUUGACCCCAUCAUCAAAGACAGGCACAACGGCUACGACCCCAAAACCAUGAUUCACCCCACCGACCUGGAUUCCUCCAAGAUCACCGGCGGCGUGUUCGACGACAACUACGUCCUUUCGUCGCGUGUGCGGACUGGCCGUAGUAUCCGUGGACUGAGCCUCCCCCCCGCCUGCUCCAGGGCCGAGCGUCGUGAGGUGGAGAGGGUGGUAGUUACGGCCCUGGCUGGUCUGAAGGGAGACCUGGCUGGACGUUAUUACAGCCUGGGAGACAUGACUGACCACGAGCAGCAGCAGCUCAUUGACGAUCACUUCCUGUUUGACAAGCCCGUGUCUCCGCUGCUCACCUCGGCCUUCAUGGCCCGAGACUGGCCUGAUUCCAGAGGGAUCUGGCACAACAAUGAGAAGAGCUUUCUGAUCUGGGUGAAUGAGGAGGACCACACCAGAGUCAUCUCCAUGGAGAAGGGAGGCAACAUGAAGAGAGUGUUUGACAGAUUCUGCAGGGGUCUCAAACAGGUGGAGCAUCUGAUCCAGGAGAGAGGCUGGGAAUUCAUGUGGAACAAGCAUCUCGGCUACAUCCUCACAUGUCCCUCCAACCUGGGCACUGGUCUCAGGGCUGGUGUGCACGUACGCCUGCCAAGGCUCAGCAAGGAUCCACGCUUCUCAAAAAUCCUGGACAAUCUGCGGCUGCAGAAAAGAGGCACAGGAGGAGUGGAUACGGCUGCUACCGGAGACACCUUUGACAUAUCCAACAACGACCGUCUGGGCAAAUCUGAGGUGGAACUGGUCCAGAUGGUCAUCGAUGGCGUGAACUGCCUGAUUGAAUGUGAGAAGAGGCUGGAGAAGGGCCAGGACAUCAAAAUCCCAGCUCCCAUUGCUCAAUUUAGAAAAUAACAGCUCACUCGUGUCAUCAGUGUCUUCUGAGUCUGAAGGAAAACCUCAGAGAGAUGUGUGUCGUUUCUCUGCGCCUCCUACAGAGACUGCAGGUCUUUAGAGUAGCCCAAACUUAGACAUGGUUUGCUGUUAGGGGAAAAAAAAACUACCUCAUGUGAAGGUUCUUACUGUAACCCUGAAUUUUCAAUAAAUCCAACAUAUUAAAAAAAA